CGGAUGAUCAUCGGAGUCUGCCAAAGGAGCAAGCUUAGCUCGCCCAGCCCCGUUCGGCUAGCUAGUGUGCACGGGUGGUGUUGGUGUCUGCGUGAUCGAUGGCCGUGUCGUUGGUGCCGCGCCGCCGCCCCGGCCUCCUGGCGGUGGCGCAGCUCGCCGUGGCGCUCUGGCUGGUGGCCUCCACCGGCUGCCUCUGCCAGCCGGUGCCGUCUUACCCCACGCAGCCGGUGCCGUCCUACCCCACCUAUCCGCAGCCGGCGCCGUCCUACCCCACGCAGCCGGAGCCGGCGCCGUCAUACCCCACCCUGCCGGAGCCCUCCUAUGGCGCCAAACUUGCCCGUCCGCCGCCACUACGCCGCCCUUUCCCGCCGUGCAUUGGUCGCCGGUGCUCGCCGCCAUGAUUGUUGCUGCGCCAUCGACGACGUCUCGCAGAGGCUAUAUAUGUAUUUGAAUGUGCGAUCGAGUAGUUAAAUGAGGAUGUAUCACGAAAUAAACGCAUAAUGUAGUUUUUGAAGGCACGCACAUGUACUUUCCAAUUCUCGGAACCAUUAUAGUAUUGAUCCUAUGGUCAUGAACA